UCCGGGUAGCCAAUCAGAUCGAGGAGCCAGUUUCCGCCGGCUAGGUUGUAUAAAAGGCCCCGCCCAACCAAUCCAAACCACUUCUCAUCAGAGCUUAAAGUCUCUUUAGCGAGAAGCUACGAUUUCACGACGGUUCCCUUUUAGCCACGUUCAGGAAACAUGCGUGAGUGUAUCUCGGUGCACGUUGGUCAGGCUGGAGUCCAGAUCGGUAACGCCUGCUGGGAGCUUUACUGCCUGGAACACGGAAUCCAGCCUGAUGGGCAGAUGCCCAGCGACAAGACCACUGGAGGGGGAGACGACUCCUUUAACACCUUCUUCAGUGAGACUGGAGCUGGAAAACAUGUGCCAAGGGCUGUGUUUGUGGAUCUGGAGCCGUCAGUCAUUGACGAGGUCCGUACUGGAAUCUACCGCCAGCUGUUCCACCCAGAGCAGCUGAUCACUGGCAAGGAGGACGCAGCCAACAACUACGCACGUGGACACUACACCAUUGGCAAAGAGAUCAUUGACCUGGUGCUUGACAGGAUCCGCAAGCUGGUGGGUGACUUGUCGGGAGUAGGAGUUCUGACGGUUCCUAGUUCUGCUUCUGUGUACCCUGAGCACCACUUAAUGUUAACUGUCCCUCUCUGUUCCCAGUCUGACCAGUGCACAGGGCUUCAGGGGUUUUUGGUCUUCCACAGCUUUGGAGGUGGCACCGGCUCUGGCUUCACCUCCCUGCUCAUGGAGCGUCUGUCCGUCGACUAUGGCAAGAAAUCAAAGCUGGAGUUUUCCAUCUACCCAGCGCCACAGGUGUCCACUGCUGUGGUGGAGCCCUACAACUCCAUCCUGACCACCCACACCACCCUGGAGCACUCUGACUGUGCCUUCAUGGUGGAUAAUGAGGCCAUCUACGACAUCUGCCGUAGGAACCUCGACAUCGAGCGUCCGACCUACACCAACCUGAACAGGCUGAUCAGUCAGAUCGUGUCCUCCAUCACGGCCUCCCUUCGUUUUGAUGGCGCUCUCAAUGUGGAUCUGACAGAGUUCCAGACCAACUUGGUGCCAUAUCCUCGCAUCCACUUCCCCUUGGCCACCUACGCCCCUGUCAUCUCCGCUGAGAAAGCUUACCACGAACAGUUAACAGUGUCGGAGAUCACAAACGCCUGCUUCGAACCAGCCAACCAGAUGGUGAAAUGUGAUCCUCGCCAUGGAAAGUACAUGGCCUGCUGCCUCUUGUACCGCGGGGAUGUCGUACCCAAAGACGUAAAUGCUGCCAUCGCCACCAUUAAAACCAAGCGCACCAUCCAGUUCGUGGACUGGUGCCCCACUGGCUUCAAGGUGGGCAUCAACUACCAGCCCCCCACCGUGGUUCCUGGUGGAGACCUGGCCAAGGUCCAGAGGGCUGUGUGCAUGCUGAGCAACACCACCGCUAUCGCAGAGGCCUGGGCUCGGCUUGACCACAAGUUUGAUCUGAUGUACGCCAAGCGUGCCUUUGUCCACUGGUACGUGGGGGAGGGGAUGGAGGAGGGAGAGUUCUCUGAGGCCAGAGAGGACAUGGCGGCUCUGGAGAAGGACUAUGAGGAGGUUGGCCUCGACUCUGCUGAAGGUGAUGGCGAGGACGAAGGCGAGGAGUAUUAAACAGCUGUUCAUUUCCCCUGAGCUCUGAUCUGUACCUGCUGAAUAAAACCUUGACUGCA